AUGACACAGAGUCCGUCUGACAAUGCAGAGAACUGCUUCCGUGCGCUAGGCUCCCCGGGGACUAGCCCUCUCCGACUCAGGGUCUCCAGCCGCCUGGAACGCUCCCCACUCUGCUCGCGGUGGCUGGGGGGCAGGCAGCGACACCUUCCCCGUGUGCCCAUUCCUCAGAUGGGACAAAGUGAGGCUCCCGAGGUGGCUGCCCCACAGACACACCCGCAAGCCCCCGACCCGCCCGCCACCCGCGUCCAGGCACCCGCGCGCUUCCAGGGCCACGGGGACGGUGCGGCGCCCGUCUGGGCGCCCUCGCCUACCUGUGAUCACCGCCGGGGACCUCUGGCCCCCCUCCGCUCGCAGCCACACUUGCAGCGUGAACGCGUCCCGGGGCAGCUCGAGGUCGGCCCGGAGGCGCAGCUGCUCGCCGCGCCCGCUGAAAUAGAGCGCCCGGCUCGGCGGGCUCGGCUCCUCGGCGGCGCCCCUCGCCUCCCGCUGCUGCCGCCGCCGGGGGACGCGCACGGCUUCCCAGGCACCGCCCGGCGGCGGCGGCGGCGGCGGCGGCGGCGAGGCAUAUGUGUCCAAGUUGGAGAGUUGUUGCCUUGCAAAAUUUGUGGAAGAACAUUCUUUCCAGUAGCAUUAAAAAAGCAUGGACCCAUUUGUCAGAAAACUGCCACUAAAAAACGGAAGACUUUUGAUUCAAGCAGGCAAAGAGCUGAAGGAACUGAUAUUCCAACAGUAAAACCUCUUAAACCUAGGCCAGAACCACCAAAGAAACCUUCAAAUUGGAGAAGAAAACAUGAAGAAUUCAUUGCCACCAUAAGAGCAGCUAAAGGCCUCGAUCAGGCACUUAAAGGGGGUGGCAAACUUCCUCCUCCUCCUCCACCUUCUUAUGAUCCUGAUUAUAUUCAGUGUCCAUAUUGCCAAAGGAGAUUUAAUGAAAAUGCAGCUGAUAGACAUAUCAAUUUCUGUAAAGAACAGGCAGCACGUAUUAGUAACAAAGGCAAGUUUUCUACUGACACCAAAGGAAAACCAACUUCUCGGACACAGUAUAAGCCACCUGCACUUAAGAAGUCAAAUUCUCCUGGAACCACGUCAUCAGGUUCUUCACGAUUACCACAGCCAAGUGGCAUUAGCAAAACUGUUGUAGGUACACCUUCAGGUAAAGUGCCUUCAGUUAGCAUCUCUUUGGGAAACAAACUUCAGUCCUUAUCUCCUUCUCAUAAAGCUAUAGCAACUCCUCAGGCAGGAGCUAACAUCAAAUCUCGAAAUACCACACCACCUAGUUUGGCAAGAAAUUCUGCCUCAGGUAUACUUACAAACAAAAGAAAAACAUAUACUGAUAGCUCCAUAGCCAGGCCAGAUAUAGACUAUGCAUCUUCAUUUAAUGGUGGAAACAUUAAAGGCAUUGAAGGAAAUUCAUCUGGACACUUACCAAAAUUCUGUCAUGAGUGUGGGACAAAAUAUCCUGUAGAAUGGGCAAAGUUCUGCUGUGAAUGUGGCUCUCAACAGUCGUGCUUUACCUAUGUCACGAUAGGUCACUUGCAUGUCAUCCAGGAUUAUGAAUUCCUUUACUUUGUCUCUAGACUUUCUCCUGUGUCUACAUAUGAAGUAUAA